CCUCUGACGCACUUCCGCCUCAGCCCCAACCCGGAAGCGGUGUCCUGGGCCGCCGCCGCAGCCUGUAGGUGGUUUCUGUGCUGGUGCAGGGCUGGCGCUCGGUUCGGAAUCCUUCCGAGCAUGGACAGCACGUGUGAGGAGAGGCCCGCGAAGGAAGAGAGCGACGAGGAGGAUUCGGACUCCGCUGAGGCCCCGGCCCGGAUCCGGGACACCCCGGAAGACAUUGUGCUGGAAGCACCGGCCAGCGGAUUGGCGUUCCACCCAAGUCGCGACCUGCUGGCGGCGGGCGACGUGGAUGGGGACGUGUUCGUCUUUUCCUAUUCUUGCCAAGAGGGAGAGACUAAGGAACUCUGGUCCUCAGGUCACCACCUCAAGGCUUGCCGAGCUGUGGUCUUUUCUGAAGAUGGGCAGAAACUUGUUACUGUUUCCAAGGAUAAAGCCAUCCAUACCCUAGAUGUGGAGCAGGGCCGGUUAGAAAGACGUGUUUCUAAGGCUCAUGGUGCUCCCAUCAACAGUCUGCUGCUGGUGGAUGAGAAUGUUCUAGCCACUGGGGAUGACAGAGGCAGUGUCCGGCUCUGGGACCAGCGGAAAGAGGGCCCCUUGAUGGAUAUGGGGCAGCAUGAGGAAUACAUUGCCGACAUGGCCCUGGACCCAGCGAAAAAGCUGCUGCUGACAGCCAGUGGUGACGGCUGCCUUGGUGUCUUCAAUAUCAAAAGACGGCGGUUUGAGCUACUCUCAGAGCCUCAGUCUGGCGACCUGACCUCGGUGACCCUCAUGAAAUGUGGGAAGAAGGUGGCCUGUGGUUCCAGUGAAGGUACUAUCUACCUCUUUAACUGGAAUGGUUUUGGGGCCACAAGUGACCGAUUUGCUCUGAGAGCUGAGUCUAUUGACUGCAUGGUUCCAGUCACUGACAGUCUGCUGUGCACCGGGUCCACUGAUGGAAUUAUUAGGGCUGUGAACAUCCUGCCAAACCGAGUAGUGGGCAUUGUAGGCCAGCAUGCUGGGGAGCCGGUGGAGGAGCUGGCUCUUUCCCACUGUGGCCGCUUCCUGGCCAGUAGUGGCCAUGACCAGCACCUCAAGUUUUGGGACAUGGCCCAGCUUCGAACUGUAGUGGUGGAUGACUAUCGUCGACGUAAGAAAAAAGGAGGGCCACUGCCUGCCCUGAGCAGCAAAGCCUGGAGCACAGAUGACUUCUUUGCAGGGCUGAGGGAAGGAGGAGAGGACUCCAAGGGUCCAGAAGAAGAGUGUGAGGACAACAGUGACUGAGGAUGAGACUCUUUUGGGUCAGAAAUUGUCACUGAGCAUGAGCCUUGCUUCCUAAGAUGAAUUCCUAGAGAGGCUAUGAAAUUCGGUGCUUGUGCAUGUGAAGCGCAUCGCCCUGAGACAUGACUAUAUUAGCACUUGUUGCACAGGGGAUUAGAGCUCAGAAUACUGAAGAGGGGGAGUUUAUGCCCUGCAGCACCUGCUCAAUCUGCCAAUGUAAGACAAACCCUCAGUGUGUUAAGACAGCGCAGAUGUGUAUACUAACAAGGAGUUUAAUAUAAAUACAACCAGCAUAGGAAAGCUCAAAACCAUAAACAAACCAAAAUCAGAAUGACAACUGGUGGGGGUAGAAGGACAGAAGUCCACCCUUUGGCUCAGCCAGUCCCCCAAAUAAAAAACAAAGAUUCAUGCUAA